AUGCCUGAAGAACAUUACAUAUCAGAUCAUGUCACCAGUAAACCAGGAAAACCUAUACCUCGUAGUCAUACUGUUGUAAGACGUCAUGCUCCAAAACUUGGCAAUCCAACUCCACUUGGUCUUUCUGCUUUCGCAUUAUCGGUUAUGGUCGUGUCCUUUUAUAAUAUGCAAACACGUGAUGUCGUUGUACCAAAUGUUGUAGUUGGUGUUUCUAUGUUCACCGGUGGUGUAGUACAAUUUGCUGCUGGCAUGUGGGAAUUCAGAGUUGGCAACACCUUUGGUGGUACAGGAUUUUCUGCUUUUGGUGGUUUCUGGACUUCCUUUGGUGCUCUUUAUAUCCCAUCAUUUGGAAUUGAAAAAGCUUUUGAGAAACAUUUUUAUUCAGUCAACAACAUUUUAGACCCUAGCAAUUCAACCUUACAAUGGGAUCCUAACACUGAUUCGGUGUACAAUAAUGCAUUAGGAUUAUACUGUGUCGCCUGGCUCAUAUUCACAUUUAUUUUCACAUUAGCUUGCAUUCGUACAAGUGUAGGAGUUUUAUCAGCUUUCGUCUUUUUAACAUUUACUUUCUUGGCAUUGUCAAUUGGUCAUUUCACACUUAAUAAUUCAUUUAUAAAAGCCGGCGGUAUUCUUGGACUUAUCACAUCGUGCAUAGUAUGGUAUUGUACAGCUGCAGUAUUAUUGACACCGGACCUUUCACCAAUAGGCCUACCACUUGGUGAUUUAAGUCGUCCAUUUGAAGCAAAACGUUCAUUCCUAAAUGGUGGCGGUGGCUGGAAACCUGUGAUUCUUAUGGAUGGAGAAAAUGAAAAUACUGCAACAAAUCAAGCUUCCGAUAUCAACUCGCUCGAUGUUCAAGCUUUACAAACUGCUGAAUACGCAAACACUUUUGACAACGAAGGCCUUACAACUUUCUUAUAUAAUAAACGCUCAUUCCUAAAGGGUGAUUAUUGGAAACCCGUGAUUCUUAUGGAUGAUGCAAAUGAAAAAACAUCAUCGAAUCAAGCCUACAAUACCAACUCGCUCGAUGUUCAAGCUUUACAAGCCGCCGAAUACGCAAACACUUAUGACAACGAAGCUGCAAAAAAUUUCUUAUAUAAUAAACGUUCAUUCCUAAAGGAUGAUUAUUGGAAACCCGUGAUUCUUAUGAAUGGUGCAAAUGAAAAAACAUCAUCGAAUCAAGCCUACAAUACCAACUCGCUCGACGUUCAAGCUUUACAGGCCGCCGAAUACGCAAACACUUAUGACAACGAAGCUGCAAAAAAUUUCUUAUAUAAUAAACGUUCAUUCCUAAAGGGUGAUGAUUGGAAACCCGUUAUUUUUAUGAACGGUAUGUCUGAAACAACUGCCGCUAACCAAGCUGCUAAUGUUAAUACAUUGGAUAUUCAAGCAUUGCAAGCUGCCGAAUUCGCCAAUACAUAUAAUAAUGAUUAUGCCAAUACAUUCCUUGAAUUGACACUUGAUUCCUCAGGAAUGUUUGAUGACUAUUAUUUAAAUUUAUUGGGUUGGAGUAAUAAAAAUAUGGUGGAAAUUGGAUUAGAUAAAAGUGUUCAUUUGUGGAAUGCAAGAACUGAGGAAGUGAAGACACUUGCUUUUACUAGAAGUGGUAUUAGUACUAUUUCUAGUCUUUUCUGGUCUGAAGAUGGUGAUUAUUUUGCUGUGGGAUUGAAUGGUGAUAUUCAAAUAUGGAAUAUUUCGAGUGCUCAAAAUAUUAGAUCAAUGAAUGGUGAAAAAGGCCAACCACAGUCAGUAGAUGACACAAUUGUAAAACUUGUCGAUAGAGCAAAUAACUCAACUUUGUUAGAAGAUCGAAGGGCUGCUAUUUUGGGUUUGAAGGGUCUUUCAAGAGAAUAUAGAAAAGAAGUUGGCGAAAAAAGUCUUUAUGCUUUAUUGAAAAUUUUAAAUGAAGAUAGAGCUGAUAUAGAUACAUCAAAAGCAAUUCUUGAGAUACUUAAAAUAUUAUAUAUUAGUGUGAGGUUCAUUGAUGAGAUUAUCAAGGAUUCAUCUAAUAUUAUGUUAUUCUUGGAAAUUUUACAAGAAUAUGAUUUCUACGUUAGGUUUAACAAUGUUCAAUUAUUAAGAACUUUGCUAGCAAUUAGAUCUGAUAAUCUACAAGAUUAUAUAUUAGGCGCACCAAUGGGGAUUUCACGUUUAAUGGAUUUAUUGGAUGAUAAAAGAGAGAUUAUUAGAAAUGAGGGAUUACUUUUGUUGACAUCACUCACUGAAAAUAAUGCUGAAAUUCAAAAAAUUGUUGCAUUUGAAAAUGCAUUUGAAAGGCUUAUAGAGAUUAUUGUGGAAGAGGAUGGAUUAAAUGGCGGAAUAAUAGUUCAAGACUGUAUGCAAUUGAUCAUAAACUUAUUAAGAUACAAUGUGUCAAAUCAGUAUCACAAUAGUUCAAAACCAACUGAAAUUGAUUAUCUGAUUCAAGACUGGAAUGAGCAAAAAAUUAUAAAUACCAUUGUAUUACUGGAAUUAAUGAGAAUGUUGGUAGUGCCAAAUAAUAUGAAUACUUUAACUAAUCAGAAAGUUAUGAUACAAUGUGGUGUAUUUAAACCAGUGAUUGAAUUAGCAUUAUCAUCGAAUGCUCCGUCUGCAGUUAAAACUCAUUCUCUUUAUACUUUAGCAGAUCUUGUGCACGGAAAUCAAAUAAGUCAAGAAUUAUUAUCAAAAUCUGUUAUCAUUACAAAAAUACCAGCUUUACCUUCCCUUUCGACAUCAUCUUUAUCAACAUUGUCGUCUUCAACCAUCACCACUCAGAACACUGCUACUGGAAACAGUAAUUCAUUUGAUCAUCAAUCUUAUUCUUAUGGCGACGAUGGCAGUAGAUCCUCAUUCAACGAUUCUUUACCCAAUCUUCCACCUCGUCCUGCUGUUUUGGCUCUAAUUUCUGUGGCUGUUGGUGCUGAAUAUGUUGAAAGUUAUCAAACUCGUGCUGCUGCUACUUAUGCUUUCGAGGCAUAUACUUAUAACAAUAUUAGUGCUCAAUUGGUACUGGCAUCAACUUUAACUCCGCCGCCUGAUGACAAUCCUAAUUCAGAAAUAAUUUCAGUAAAACCACAAUCUGCUGGUUCACUUCUACUUUCAGCUCUUUUAGAAUGGGAGGAUUCUGAGGCAGAUCCGUAUGUUGUUUGGUUUGCAUCAGUUAUCCUAUCACAUAUUCUUAAAGAUAACGAACGAGCUAAAGAGAUUGCUCAUGGUGGUAGCAAUGAGAAACAUGUAACACUAUUAAAUUCCAUUGCAAAAAAUUUAAUGAUGGCAACUAGACAAAACGCAGAUGUAAGAGUGUUGAUCGGAUAUCUUUGUUUAUUGUGUGUUUGGUUGUGGGAUAGUCCACAAUGUGUAAAACAAUUCUUAUCGGACUCUGCCCAUCUACAAACUCUUAUAACACCUAUAACACAAUCUUCUAGUGUUGAUGCCAGAGUACAAGGUUUAUGCGCAUUUUUGUUAGGAAUAUGUUAUCACUUUAAUCAUAUUUCCGAUUCUCUAGUUUCAAGAUCGACACUACAGCCAAUAUUACAUAACCGUAUUGGAGUUGAUCAAUUUAUUAACCGUAUUACAAGAUUAAGAGAAUCACCGCAUUUUAAGCACGCUUCACAGUACUUGCAGGUUUUUUUGGAAGAAGAAUCGAUUCAAAGAUCUGUAAAAUCUGAUCCUAAUGCACCUCAAUAUUCAUCAAAUAACAAAGCAUCAAUGUUUUCCAGUUUAAAAGAAGUAAUUAAAGCUCAAGAACAAGAAAUUACUCAAUUAAAAAAUUUAAUAAAACAAUUUGAAGAAAAACUGGAAAUUCAGACAAAAUCAAAUGAGGAGGUUUCGUUGUUGAAAACACAAAUUGAUUUAUUGAAAAGUGAAAAAGAAAAAGAAAAGGAAAAACAUCAAAAACUUUCGAAAGAGCAAGAUGAUUUAUUGGUAUGUUUGGCUGAUCAAGACGCUACUAUAAAGAAAUAUAAAACUAGAUUGAUCAGUUUAGGAGAACAGUUAACAACAAAAUGGUUUUUUAACUAUCAUCAUUAUAAAUCAUUUAAAAAAAGAUAUUAUUCUUCAAAAAAAUCUUCAUCCGAGCCUGUUACACUAUCAUUUAGCAAAUAUGAUCCAUUAUCAAAUAAAUCAAUAAAUUUAAUUCCACCACUUUUGAUUCUUCAUGGAUUAUUUGGAUCAAAACAAAAUUGGAAAUCUUUAGCAAAAAUGUUUGCUCAGAGUUUAAAUACUAGUGUUUACGCCUUAGAUUUAAGAAACCAUGGAGAUAGUCCACAUUCAUCGAUUGUUAAUUAUGAAAUAAUGUCGGAUGAUGUAGCAAAAUUUAUCAUCGAUCAUAAAUUAAACCAAGCUAUUAUAAUGGGACAUUCUAUGGGAGGCAAAGUUGCAAUGGCAAUGGCACUUAGACAAGUUCCACAAGUUGAAAGGCUUAUUGUUGUUGAUGCUUCACCUACUAAUGUUCGAAUAUCGGAUGAAUUUGCUUUUUAUAUCGAUACUAUGAAAAAAGUUGAAAACGUUGGUGUGAUUAAACAAAGUAAAGCUGAUGAAAUCAUGCAAGACUACAUUUCCAAUCCAUCUAUUAGGAAUUUCUUAUUAACCAAUUUGAAAAAAGAUCCAGAUACCGGAUUAUAUAAAUUUCGUAUUCCUUUAGAUAUUUUGGAUGAUUCUUUGAUUUAUCCAACUAUUGAAACUUUUUUUCCUAAUUCAAUAAUUGCUGAAGUAGAUGCUGGCCAUUGGGUUCAUGCUGAGAAACCUUUGGAGUUUGCAAAUAUCGUAACAGAUUUUCUCAAAAGUUGA